ACCAGGAGUGUGAUGGUUUGCACUCCCAUCCAGACAGCCAAGGGAGGGUAGCCCAGCAGAGAGAGAGGAUGAGGAGUAUUCACACACUCGACUGCAUGGAUGGAUGAGAGAAGGAGGAUCCCACCACGGUCCCUCUGGUCUCCUGUCACUGACUCAAGAAAGGAAAUGUGGAUUACGGCAUGAGCUAAACCAGGCGACUGACCUGGAUUGUCACAGCAUUGGAGGAUGGAGAAGGGGGACAGCGUGGUUUUGUGGAACAUCUGUGUUUAACCAGCAUGGUGGCCGGCUAAGAAAGCUUGAAGGACGACGAGCCUCGCUGUGAAAAUCCCAUUCCCUUUGAACUCACGUCCACUUCCCCCCAGGGAUGACCUUCUCUUGAAUUCCUCUAUCAAUCUGUCCCACUCUCUCCUCCAUGAGAGAUAAAUUCUGCUAUCACAAGUGUCAUGGUGGUCACACGCCACGCUGAUUGGAUGUGCAUGUGCUCCGCUAAUCUGCUGCACUCACGCAAUCUCCUGUGAUUGACUGUUGAAGCAUGUUGAGGGGCAAAACCGGGAGACCUGUGCUGGAUGUGCGAGUCAAAGCCAGCUGGAAUCGAGCGUAUGGCUAGAAGAGGACGACUGUGAAUGCUUGCUCCUUUUGUGCUCCUGGGGAAGGCAUGGACCAGGACGCUGACCACUUGUGCACAGAUUACGAACAUGGUGGAGGUGGAUCAAUCGGUGGAUGACUGACAAAACUCUUGGAAUAAUACAACUCAUGGAUAUAACUCUUCUUUUCAUAUUCUUAAACCUGCUUUGGAUCUCAGUGUUUUUGUUCCUGCUUAUCUCUCCUGGAUGGGAAUAUCAUGAUACAGUAAAAAGCAGGAUCAGUUCUUUCCGUCAGUCCACAAGAAGUCUUUAAGUUGUCGCUUUCUUGCUUAGCUGCAAAACAGGUGAAUCUCUUCUAAGGCUAUGUUUGGAUACGAUGCUACUCCCGACGGAUUCCACAUGGACUCAAUGGCCUAAUUCCACUACCCUGCCAUUCAGAUGGCAGUGCUGGAGGGGUAUGAAGGGAUAAUGCAUAUCAUCUCCUGCCCAAAGGAAGAAGCCACGAUGAGCAACGUCACAGUCACAGACAACACCGAGCCCAUCACCCACACCAUGAGUCCGGCGACCCCCAGCCCGUACAGCUACCCGGUUAGUUUCCAGGUCUCCAUCACGGGAUUCCUCAUGUUGGAGAUCCUCCUGGGCCUGAGCUCCAACCUCACUGUGCUGGCCCUCUAUUGCAUGAAGUCCAACCUCAUCAGUUCCGUCAGCAACAUAGUCACCAUGAACCUCCAUGUUUUGGACGUGCUGGUUUGCGUUUGCUGCAUUCCGCUCACCAUUGUGGUGGUCCUGCUCUCGCUGGAGGGGGACACCGGGCUGGUGAGCUGCUUCCAUGAGGCCUGCAUCUCUUUCGCCAGCGUCGCCACGGCUGCCAACGUGCUCGCCAUCACUUUGGACCGCUACGAUAUCUCCGUCAAACCAGCCAACCGGGUUCUGACCAUGCGGCGAGCCCUGGCACUAAUGGCCGCCAUAUGGGUACUAUCUUUUUUCAGCUUUUUGGUGCCCUUCAUUGAGGUGGGCUUCUUUGCACAGGACCGUGCUGAGCUCAACCAGACCCUUCUGGAGAAUGUAGUCCACUCUAACCAGUACUACACAGAACUUGGCCUCUAUUACCACCUGUUGGCUCAGAUUCCCAUAUUCUUCUUCACGGCCGUGGUCAUGCUCAUUACCUACUCCAAAAUCCUGCAGGCACUCAACAUCCGCAUUGGCACGCGCUUCCACACCUCUCAGAAGAAGAAAGUGCGCAGAAAAAAGCGUCCCUCCAUGACGGCCAUGACGACGCAGCAGGAGGCCACGGAUGCAUCCCAGAGCAGCAGCAGCCGCAACCCGACGCUGGGAAUGCGCACCUCAGUGUCUGUCAUCAUCGCCUUACGCAGGGCUGUGAAGCGCCACCGGGAAAGGCGGGAGCGCCAGAAAAGAGUCUUCAGGAUGUCCCUCCUGAUCGUGUCCACCUUCCUGCUGUGCUGGACACCCAUCACAGUGCUCAACACCGUCAUCCUCAGCGUGGGCCCCAGCGACCUGAUGGUCAAGUUGAGACUGGGCUUUCUGGUCAUGGCUUACGGGACCACCAUUUUUCACCCACUACUCUAUGCCUUCACCAGGCAGAAGUUCCAGAAGGUCCUGAAAAGCAAGAUGAAGAAGAGGGUGGUGUCCAUCAUCGAAGCUGACCCCACCCCCAAUAAUGCCAUCAUUCACAACUCCUGGAUUGACCCAAAGAGGAAUAAAAAGGUGACUUUUGAGGACAAGGACGCCCAUCAGAAAUGUCUGUCUUCUGAGGAUGUGGAGUGAGGGAGCUCUUUUAGGGCUUAGUGUAAAGAAAAAGCAGCUAUUUAAUUUUUAAAAGGGAAAAUGUUCAUCCAAAGCCGUCAUGUAAUGAUGAAGUGCAAUAGAAUUUACAGAAAGCUGGGUAAUUUAUUACUAUUUAUUGAUAGGUUUGAUAGAUAGGAUAUAUACUGUACUGUAGGUAUUGCAUGGCUUUUUGUAACUUACAGCACAUUGUGUAUAAACAUGAUACCACUUAGUCAGGGAAGUAGUUAUGUAUAUGUAUAUUUAUAAUAAAUUUGCUGUCCACUCACCUAAAGCAAUUUCCUACUGCCCCCAUCCCUACAAGUAAAGUGUGUUGUGACUCUCUAACAGCUGUGAGAUUACUGUCAUCCAUCACCGUGCCACUUGCUGUGACACUAGACCCCUGCAGACCCCAGAGACCAUUGACCUUAUUGCCUGGGAGGGGGGUUUGCACAUGCUGAAAUGAAAUUGUAGGUAUUAGGACGCAACACGGACAUAAAACCAGUAGGCAAGGAAGAUUUAUGGCAAGGCUACUGCUUAACAAGGAUAGACGCUCCAAACUAUUUAAUAUCAACAGUUGCCUUGUGACUGGUGAAAAUGUCAUUAUCUUUCUUAUUUUAAGUGUGUCUCAAAUUUUAGUAUGUACUGCUUAAGAUAAGCAAAUUGGUCGAACAUAGUAAGAAACAAAAUAUUUUGGUAAUUGAAAAUAAGUACUUUUCACCUUUUUUUCAUAUGUUUAAUCUUGCUUACAUGUCAGUUUUUGCAGUGCAUUUCACCUAUUGUGUAUUCGUCUUUUUUUAUGUUCUCUUAACACAACUUGUUGAGGUUGUUCCUUCUUUUGGAAAAAGUCAAAGAAAAAGAAAAAAAACGCAGUUAAAGGUUCUGUAUUUUACUGGUCCCACAAUAGUGUAUUGGAAGUGCGUUGUCCAAAAUCUAGCCUUGACAUUGGAAUUUAGACAGUUUAAAAAAGUGCUUUUAAUAAGACCUACUAGGAACACACCUUUGUGUGUCUGCAGCUUUAAUGCUAAUGAGUUGUGUUUGUCCAAAUGUGUCUCAUAUACACUGUAACUCUGCACUUGUCCAACAAAAUAGAUGCCAUAUAUCACAUACAACAACCUAACAUUAAGGAGUGGGACAGGAGGACACAAGCGUUAGCAACACUAGCAUAGCUAUGUGACCUACAGUGUUAACAUUAUGGUCCCAUUUUAACAGCAACAUCAUGCUAAGUUAGCCAUUCGCUGAAGAAAAACUAAAUGAUCAAACUCAUAGCUCCCACGACUGUAGCUGCCUGACGGAUAGUUGGCAGAGCUCCGGGCUUUGUUGUAAGGCCAUAUCAUGACAAUGAGAGGGGAGGUUUUAAGAGUGUUGUGGGCCUCUUGUCUCAAAAGUGGAGCAAAUAAUAGAGGGAGGUGAUAGAUUCUUCUCACGUUUGGUGCUCACGGGUCUGAAAUGGUCUCCAAAUGUCAUAAUCUGUCCUUAGCUGAACCAUGAUUUCAAACCUCCAUUAAAAAACUGUCUAGAUAAUGAAUGUUUACCCACUAAUGAGAAUGGAAGGAACUAUUGAAAAUGUUUGUACUUUCACAAUACAUACUUGCCAUAAAGGCACAUCUCACAGGCCUAAUAAAAGACUCCUUUUACACUACACCGUAACAGAUAAUGACGCUCCUUCAUUUGUUUUUCCAAGCUAUAAGCACGCCUCAGGGUGGCUACUACUGUUGGUAAUGCAGCAAAUUAACAGGAAUAAUGUAUUUAUCAAGCUGUGGAUGAUUUACAGUGGUUAAAAACUGCAUCUUGAAUACAAUCUACCGAGUGCUCGAAUAGUAGAUGCAGUGUUGCAAUAAAUUUGCAUGUGAUUCCUUGUUCUGUGGGCCGCACGGUGGACGAGUGGUUAGCAUGUUGGCCACACAGUCAGGAGAUCUCCAAGAUCUGGGUUUGAAUCUCCGUUGGGCAUCUCUGUGUGGAGUUUGCAUGCUCUCCCCGUGCAUGCGUGGGUUUUCUGAAUGUGAGUCUGAAUGGUUGUUUGUCUAUAUGUGCCCUGUGAUUGGCCGGGGACCAGUCCAGGGUGUACCCCGCGUCUCGCUGGGAUAGGCUUCAGCAUACCCGCAAUCCUAAUGAGGAUAAGCGGUAUAGAAAAUGGAUGGAUCCUUGCUCUGUUAGCCUUGGGACAGUACAGGGAUCAAGGAUGACAUGUAGUCAUACAUGACAUACACAUUAAUACAGUGUAUACAUGGCAGUAACAAGCUUAUUAGACCUUUCCUGGCGCUACAGGAGAAAAUUGAAGAGCACUCUUUAGAUUCUGGGAGCGCUGGGCUUAUCAGUGCGAUUACACAACAUCCAUCAGAUGCUUCUCCGGUGUGUGUCUGUGCAACAGCUAGGGCCGAUAUGAGAAUAUUGAUGCAGCCGAGGUUCUUUAUGACGGCGCUGUUAACCGGCACGGUGGAUGUCAUGGUGCCUGGAGGGUACACGCCUCUGAUCGAGAGGGGCGAUGUGGAUGACAGCCAGCCAGCGAUUAGCCGACGGGGGAGGGCGAGAUGACCUCCGCAAGACCCCUUUGACAAAUUUGACGAGCGCAUGAAUUAAAAGGCGAUCUGCUGGAGGUAUCAGUAUGCAGAUGAUUCAUUCGUCCUCC